AUCUCUGCUGUUUCAGCAAGUGCCCAUGGUGGAGAUCGAUGGGAUGAAGAUGGUGCAGACCAGAGCCAUCCUCAGCUACAUAGCAGCAAAGUACAACCUCUACGGGAAGGACCUGAAGGAGAGAGCCCUAAUUGAUAUGUACGUGGAAGGAGUAAUAGAUAUGAAUGAGUUACUCAUGACCCAUAGUUUCCAACCAGCGGAUAAAAAGGAGCAACAUUUUGCUACUAUUGUGGACAAGGCCACAAACAGAUACUUCCCAGUCUAUGAGAAGGUUUUGAAAGACCACGGACAUGACUUUCUUGUUGGCAACCGGUUUAGCAGAGCAGAUGUCCAAUUACUUGAAACCCUUUUAAUGGCAGAAGAGUGCAAGCCUGAUAUACUUGCCAAAUUUCCUCUCUUGCAGAGUUUUAAAGCAAGAAUAAGCAAUAUCCCUACAAUAAAGAAAUUUCUGCAGCCUGGCAGCCAGAGGAAACCACCACUACAAGAAAAAGAUGUACCAAAACUGAUGAAAAUUUUCCACUGAGCAGCAAUCUAAACCCACAGAAACUCUAUUUCAUUGUCUUUGC